UAGAGAAGCUAGCAAACAACUCUCCCUCUAGCUCCCCCUCUCCAAUAUUCAUCUAUCAAUUAUCCGCAUAUUUUCUCAUUCAUACAUGCAUAUAUGCAUUCCCUUGAAAGCAAAAAAUACAGCAAAUUCAUGGCUGAACUAGUUCAAGUCUCACUAAGAAUCCAUCUCUUCUUCUUCUUCUUCUUCUUCUUCUUAAAUCUCAGUAUAACAACCUUUUGCCACUCUGAAGUCUUCAUAAGAUCAACCCUAAUUUACCCACUUACAUGCACACCACCAACAUCAUGCAACUCUUAUCUCUACCACGUCUCUCAUGGCCUCUCCAUGCAAACCUUAGCCUCACUCUACUCAGCCAACAUUUCACUCAUCAAACCUAUCAACAAUAAUGGCAACACAGACUACCUUAUCUCAGUCCCAUGCACUUGUGAAACCAUAGACAAUGGCACCACAGUAGGUUUUUUCCAUGAUACACUCUACAUGGUCAAAGCCGGAGAUUUCGCCGAUAAUAUUACUAGCUUCUUGUUCAGUGGACAAGCUUAUAAUGUUAGCAAGAAGCUGUUUGCAGGUGUCUCGAUCAUCGUUCACCUUCCUUGCGGUUGUUAUUCAUCUUCGGCAUCGUAUCAUAGUCUGGUCACUUACACUGUUCAGCAGGGUGACACUCUCUCUGCCAUUGCUGAGCUUCUUUCUUCUGAUGUGAGCUCUAUAAGGAUGAUGAACCCUAGGUUGACAGCUGAUCCUGAGUACUUGUACCCUGGUUGGGUUCUCUUUGUUCCAAUGGGAUUGCAACAAAGCAACAAGCAAGAACAAGGAGAGAAAAACAAGAUUGGCAUAGGAUUGGAAAUAUCAAUGCCAAUUGUCAUCCUUUUAGUUGGAGGUUUAAUUUUUCUUAUUUAUUGGAGACAUAAAUCUAAGAAAGCUGACAAAGAUCCAACACAACUGAAGGACAAAAGCAUCAGCAAGAUAUCUGUCCUAGAGAACAAGUUCAUGCACAAAGAAAGCAACAAAGAACUUCUACCAUAUGAGUCUGAGAGACCUCUGAUAUUCAGUUUGGAAGAGAUUGAAGAAGCCACAGCUAACUUUGAUGAAACAAGAAAGAUUGGAAGUGGUGGUUAUGGAAGUGUUUAUUUUGGCAUGUUAGGAAAACAGGAAGUUGCAGUAAAAAAGAUGAAGUCCAGCAAGUCUAAAGAGUUCUUUGCUGAACUUAAGGUCUUAUGCAAAGUACAUCAUAUUAAUGUGGUCGAAUUGAUCGGAUAUGCGAGCGGUGAUGAUCAUCUAUACCUUGUCUAUGAAUUUGUAAAAAAUGGUUCACUUAGUGAACAUCUCCAUGAUCCGUUGCUAAAUGGGCAUCAACCACUCUCUUGGAAUGCUAGAGCUCAAAUAGCACUAGAUGCAGCAAGAGGCAUUGAAUACAUUCAUGAUCAUACAAAAGCUCGAUAUGUUCAUCGUGAUAUAAAGACAUCUAACAUCUUGCUUGAUGAUGGAUUGAGAGCAAAGAUUUUCGGUCUUGCAAAGCUUGUUGAACGUACUGAAGACGAAGACUGCUAUGCGACACGAUUAGUUGGAACUCCCGGAUAUCUCCCACCAGAGUCUGUAUGUGAACUUCAGAUGAAUACGAAAACCGAUGUUUUUGCAUUCGGAGUAGUACUCGCAGAAUUAUUAACAGGGUACCGUGCUCUGAUUCGAGACAGUAAGGAGGCCAACAAGAUGAGAUCAUUGAUUUCAAUUAUGAAAAGCAUUUUUCAAAAUGAGGAUCCAGAGGCUGCAUUGGAAGCUAUAAUUGAUGUUAAUCUCAAACGAAGGUAUCCAAUUGAAGAUGUAUACAAGAUGACUGAAAUUUCCAUUUGGUGCUUACAAGAUGAUGCAACAUUUAGACCGGAAAUGAGGGAAAUCAUAGUGAAGUUAUCUCAAAUUCUAAUGUCUUCAAUUGAGUGGGAAGCAUCACUGGGAGGAAACAGUGAAGUUUUCAGUGGUCUCUUCAGUGGAAGAUGAACACAAAUUAUGAAGAAAUUUAACUUCAAAUUAAGGCAAUGUAAUGAUCUACCUAUGUUUUCAGAAAUAAUUUUCAAACAUUUUCAAUGCUGUUCUUUAAAAUUAUUGACUGAUUGAAAAUAAAAAUUAAAGAAAGUGGAUGAAUAGAAACAACUAGUGAGGUUCCAAUUUCAGCUUCUUAUGGGGAAGGUCUUGCCUUUCA